UUGUAAAUGUAUAAAGUAAUUAUUUGUUUGAUUUACUUGGUUUGAGCUGUACUUACCAGACAGGAAGAAUGGCGCUUUUGGUAGUCCUAAAAGCAUUUGUAGUUGUCAUUUCAUUUCACUUGCUAUUUAACAUGGUGAUGGUGAAAUGCAACGAAACGUCAGAAACUUACUGCCCAAGCAGAGGAAAGGCAGCGAAUGGAAAAUGGAGAUUGAAUGAGAAAGACGGCUUAAGGUGUAUUCUGGAUUGUGACACUGGGUACAGUCCUAAUGGUUGUCACAUUUUAAGGCAAGAUGGAUAUGGUGAUUGGAACCAUAAUAUUACAAGGUGUGAAGAAGAAUCAUGGCUUAAUAAGAAGAAGGUCGCCUGUUUCACAGCAAUUGCUGGUAUCAUUGCUGCGUCUCCAUGGAUAUUUGGAGCUUUAGGGCAUUGUCAGUGCAAGAAGUCUGUUUGCGGGGCUUCAAAGCCUGGGCAUGACAGGGAUCAGCUGGACGGCGUUUUUGCAACUGAUAAGCAUCGCGGGUGGAGCAUGUGAUGGGCUAAUAGACUUUUUCUCAGAAACUCCUUGUGAGGUUGAAUAAGCAACACACACACACACACACAAAUGACAAGACACCGUUACAUUCUUUAACAUAUUACAGUAAAUGAAGUUGUUCAACCUACUUUUAUUAGCCGUCAUAUUUGAUUACUCUGACCAUUCACUGUAAUGGUCUUGCAUCUCGGGUACCUGUUCUUAGUAAUUUCUUCUGUUAUAUAUUUAUAUGCACUAUUCAUUUUGAAAUAGAACGAGUCAGUUUGUCUUCUAUGAAAAACCUGAAGUGUGAGUCCUAUUUAACCAUAAAUUAUUAUGAUUUGUUUCUAGUUUUUUUUUUGUUUUUUUAAAUGUACUAUGUCCGGUAGCAGUUUGUUUUUUUGUAUUUUACAAUUGUAUAUAAAGAAGAUAAGAGUAAGCAAGAGAUAACUUUUGUUUGAAAAUAUAAAAAUUUGUUCUUUUACCUGGUAUUCUAUUCUUAAAUAUGUGUACGUUUUUAUUUAGAUAACAGGAUUAUGCUGUUUCGUAGAAUUCAGUAUGUUUAUUUCAUCCGGUAAUACAUUUAUAAUUACAGUUUACUAAUUUUGGUUUUCUUUCGUUUGGAAUUCACGCAUCCACUCUAUUAUUGUGAUUAGAAAUUCUCUGCGGGGUAUAUGAUACCCAAUUUGAAAUUGUUCAAAGGUUUUGAUUGGCUUACUUUCUGUACCAAACAUGUAUUUCAUGUAACAUACAGUUUUUUAUUACAUAAAAAGAAAAAAGUUAGUGUUAAAUUAUUUGUUCUGAUAAUAUUAGAUGCAAAGUCUUUGUUGAACAU